AACCGGUAAAGAUUUGCGUAUUAGAAUACGAAGCUGCAGAACCAGAAAUAUUUUUUAAAAGAAGAAAAAAACUACAUUUUUAUCAUAAAUAUAACGGCUAAACAAUCAAAGAUUUCAUCAUUUAACAUGUUUAAUGUUUGUGUUUGUGAUGGUCCAAAAAUGAUCAUUGAUGAUGUUGCAUAUGAUGGUAGCUAUGGUGAUGAUCAACAGUUAAUAGUUUGAUAUAUUGGCAGAAGUAAUAAGAACACUGAAAAAAUUAAAUUGAAAAGUGAAGGAAAGAGUUUUUAUCAACAUUUAAGAAGUCAACAUAGUAGGUCAUAUUGACUUCUAAUCCAAUGAUGCUAAUACAUGUACAAUGGUACAAUUGUAACUAUAUGGUGAUGAUAAACAGUUAAUAGUUUGAAAUAUUGGCAGAAGUAAUAAGACCACUGAAAGAAUUUAAAUUAAAAGUGAAGGAUUUAAGAAGUAAAAAAAAGAGGAUAGAUUGAUGUCUAAAAUGUCGUCACAUGUUGUUUGUGCCUCAUCACCGAAAAGUUGGAUGGGAAUAGCCAUGAAAUAUCCUCUUCCCAAUCAACAAAAAUUAACCACACCUAAAAAGUCAAAAAUAAAAAAGAUAAAAGCAACAAAUUGCAAAUCACUAAAAACUUUAAAAAACAUUCAUUCUAAUCUAAGUCUGAAACCUACAGGACGAACACUUGUUGUAAAACAAUACAAGUGUAAGGUUAAACGAUGUAAACACCGAUUUUCUAAGAAGUCCGAUUUAGAAAUACACCUGAACACUCAUUACAAAAUAAAAACAUUUACCUGCAACUCUUGCAACAGGGAAUUCUUAAAUAGGAAAAUAUUCCAAAUACAUGAACUCAAAUGUAAAAUAUGGAAGAAGAGAAAUAAGAAAUUCGUUGAACAUUUAUGCAAAGAAUGUGGUGAAUGUUUUUGCCAGAGUGGAACAUAUGAAAUUCACCAGAGAUCUCAUUUCAAUGCCAAGCCAUACACGUGUGUAAUAUGUGGAAGAAAGUUUAUUUUGAAAUUAGCAAUGUUUAGACACAUUACCCGGCAUAUUUCCCGUUUUGAAUGUCAGACGUGCAAAAGUGUUUUUGAUACUCCGUUAAAACUUGAGAAACACACUUUAACUCACAUGGAUGAUUUAGCAGUUUAUAAAUGUCUGUAUUGUAACAGGAUUAUGAUAGACCAAGAAAAAUUUGAAAAACAUUUGAAAUUUCAUGUCCGACAUAAUAAUACAAAGCAUAAAAAAGGGGAAUUUCAGAAAAAUUUACGGAAAUUAAGAAAAAAAGCUAAGGACAGCAUUAGGAAAGUUGUGAAAAAAGAGAAAUUUGAUGACUUUACUGAGAGUUUUCACAUACAUACUGAUAAUUCCAUAGGAUAUGUUGACACUGCCUCGAAUGAGUCAAAUGAUGGUUGCAUUACAACAAAAAAGAUACAAACAUCAAUUUUAGCUGAAAAUUCAAAAAUAGUAGAUCUAAAGGAAGAUGAACCAAGCAUUGCAAAAUUAGAUUGUGUUCUUUGCCAAUUGUCAUUUCAAACUAUUUCGUCCUUUAUGCAGCAUGUUAGUUCACAUGUAAAUUAUCAAAAUGAAUAUCAGAUUCGAGAGCCAAACAUAGAUGUAUUAAAUACCAACAAAACCAUUUUUGUCUGCCGAUGUUGCGACAGGAAAUUUGCAAAUCGUAAAUUUGCAAAAGAUCAUAUAUCCAACUUAUUGCAAAAACCAGAUGAAGUUCACGAACAGUUGAAAAAUGAGAAGACCCUUGAAUUUUCUGAGAACAAAUAUAUUUUCUCCGUUUCGAUUGGAAAUCUUAAAAGUAUAGCUGAAGAUUCAGCAGUAAACAAAGCCAUUAUUUACCAUUGUGUAAAGUGUAGUACAAACUUUGAAAGCAAGUCAAGUCUGUUCAGUCAUGUGAAAAAUUGUAAAAAAGUAGAACACAAAUAUUGGUGCCCAAACUGCAAUAUGAAUUUUGAAACUAAUUGUCUUUUGAAAGAACAUAUACAAAUGGGCCACAAAAGAAUACAGACGGAUCCCAUGCUAGAUUUGGUUAUUGUUACAACAGAGAAAGCAAUUGAAAACGUUGAUCAGAAAAUUUCAUUUGAAUGUAAAAAAUGUGGUAUAGUUUGUAAUUCCGUGCAAGAUUAUGCUACACAUCGUGAGAGGACACAUAAUAAUGUUGGACCAGAAAUGGCUGAAGAGUCAGAAUUUGUCUGUGCACAUUGUAAUAUAUCUUUUGAUUCUCAAGCAUUAUUGUUUACACAUUUGCAAUGUCAUGCAGAAAAUCCCAGAAUGCCGAGUAAAACUACAAAUUACAGCGACAAAAUGUUUUACGAUAAGUCAGCCAGGGUAUGGGUAUGUACAGUGUGUAACAAGUCAUACUCGACAAAAUGUAACUUGACCAGACAUAUUACCCUUCAUGAUGAAGAGGAGAAGGGCCGUCAUGUGUGUCCAUUCUGUAAUCGUGUUUUUCAAUUCAAGAGGUAUUUACAACAUCACGUCAUGUACAUGCAUAAGGUUAAAAAGGGAGAUAAAAAGUACAUUAAGUGUGACGAAUGUGAUGGAAAGUUUUCAAGCUCUACCAGUCUUACACGUCAUAAACUUAUACACACCGGAGAGGCAGAUUCAAAAAAGAUUUACAAGUGCGAAUAUUGUAAUAAGAAGCUACGUUGUGAUAAGCAACUGGAACUACAUAUGAGGACCCAUACAGGUGAAAAACCGUUCGGGUGUGACAAGUGUUCAUAUAGAGCUGCAGCAUAUUGCAAUCUACUGACGCAUAUCAAAAGAGUUCACGAAAAUCCAAAACCAAACAGACGUGGUCCAAAAAGUAAUAAACCAAAACCCUUUGUGGUUCAAACACCUGAUAAUUUGCUUCAAGUGUUUCAAGAAGGAAAAACAGCAUGAUCAGAGGAAAUACAAUUCUAAAACCAAAACAUCUGAAAAUUGUCUGAAGAAUGAUUAGUUACGAUGUACAUGGUAUCAAGCAUAGAGUUUAAUUUUAAGUCAUUUUUAUACGCCCGUCAAAAUUUUGACGGGACGUAUUAUGGUAUACAAAUGUCCGGUGUCCGUCCGUCUGUCUGUCCGGCGUAAACAUGUCGCACCGUAACUUGAGAACGACUUAUCCAAAUUUCAUGAAACUUAACAUAAUUGUUUCUUAUGAUGGUCAAAUGAUCUGUAUACUUUUUGGUGAAAAUAAGAUUAAAACUUUUUGAGUUACGGCACUUUGUAACUAACACAGGGGUGUGUUUUUUUUCACAUGUCGCACUGUAUCUCAAAAACGAUUCUUGAUUAUGGCUUAAAACUUUAAAUACUUCUUAGUUAUAUUAAUCUUAAUAUCUGUAUACUUUUUGGUGAUGAUUCAAAAUUUUAUUUUUGAGUUAUUGAGUAUUUUGUAAAAAAGGGGGAGGGUUUUUUUUACAUGUCGCACCAUAUCUCAUAAACGAUUUAUGAUUAUUGCUUAAAACUUUACACAUGUCUUUGUUUAAUUAAUCUAAAGAUCUGUAUACUUUUUGGUGAUGAUUCCAAAUUUAAUUUUUGAGUUAUUGAGUAUUUUGUAAAAAAGGGGGAGGUUUUUUUUUACAUGUUGUACCGUAUCUCAAAAACAAUUUAUGAUUAUUGCUUAAAACUUUACACACUUCUUUGUUAUAUUAAUCUAAAGAUCUGUAUAUUUUUUGUUGAUGAUUCAAAACUUCAUUUUGGAGUUAUUUAGUAUUUUGUUAAACAGGGGAGGUUUUUUUUUACAUGUCGCGCCGUAUCUCAAAAAUAAUUUAUGAUUAUUGCUUAAAACUUUACAUACUUCUUUGUUAUAUUAAUCUAAAGAUCUGUAUACUUUUUGGUUUUGAUUCAAAAUUUUAUUUUAGUGAUAUUUAGUUUUUCGAAAAGAAAAAAAACAGGGUUGGGGGUUUCACAUGUCCCGCCGUGUCUCAAAAACAAUAUAUGGUUAUUGCUUAAAACUUUCUCAGAAACUAUUUAUGAUUAUUGCAUAAAACUUCCACACAAGAUGUCGGGCGUAUCAUGCGCUCAUGGCGCAGCUGUUAAU